AUUAUUUACUGCAAUGGUGCGCAAUUAAAUUAAUUUUGUAUGACAAAGUUAAUACGACACAACUUUAUUGUUUCUUUAAUAAAAGUAGGUGAUAAUACUAAACUUUUGCUCAGAGAAAGAUUUUAUUAGAGUAAUUUUUUCAAUUAUUUGAACUCUGGAAAAAAUAAAAUCUACCAGAUUCACUGAAGUUUUACUGUAUAUAUUAAAAUGUUAUUGAAUUGGGUUAAAAAGAAAAAACAAAUGUUUUCAAAAAGAAAAGAAAACGCAGUUUUUGAUAAACGCUUAUUUAUGGAUCUACUUCUUCAUAAACAGGAAACAUUUGUCAAAAAAGAGAGCACUAUUAAACUUCUUCAUUUGUCAUGCGUGUUGGAUCGUGAUGAUGUUCUUAAAGAAAUAUUAUGUGUACAAGGUAUUGACGUUGAUGCUCCGGAUGAGCAAGGCCGUUCACCAUUAUUUACAUGCGUUGAAAAUGGCUCUUCUGAUUGUUUUGAUAUACUUAUUGCCCGUAAUGCAAACAUUGAAAAUAAAGAUCAGGGAGGAAGGUCAAUCCUAAUUGUUGCUAUAUGUUCAAAUAACUUCAUCUUUCUCGACAAAAUUGUGAAUGUGCUGCCUAAAAAGCUUAUAGAAGAAUCAUUGGAGUUUUGUAUUUCUUCAAAGAAUAGUGAAGCGCUUGCUAUUAUAGCCGAAUACGACUCAGUCUGUUUAUUGAAAUUUGCGGGACAAUUCGAUUUUGUUGAUAAGGCAAACUUAACACCUCUACACUAUGCUUCAAAACGAGGAUUUUAUAAUACUGCAGAAAAACUCAUAUAUGCAGGUAGCAAAAGCUGCAAUCGAAACGAUAGUAUUGAGACUUUAGCAUGGUCAGCUGGUCAUUACAAAGUAUAUAGCUUACUUGUUUGUGCAGGAUACACACAGGGGGAUACGAAAGUUUCUUCCAAUUGGAAACUAAUUUCAAACGAAUGGGUUAAAGAAGGGAAUGGCUUAAAAACGCUGUUUGAUCAAUUAAAAGCUAUAUCAGACUGCAGUGUUGACUUGAUAUGUCAAAAUUUUACUAAUCAACUUGAUCUGUUAGAACUCUUCUUGAAUAAUCAAGUUAAGAACUUAGCUUUUGUGAAUUGCCAACUUAAGAAACUACCAAUUUCAACACAAAUUAAAUCAUUAUGCUUACAAUCGUGUGUUAUUGAAUGCUAUAGUGAAUUACAAAAAUAUGCCGAGUUGGAAAUGUUAACAAUACGAGAUUGCAAUUUACUAAAUUUUCCAAUUUUUCUGAAAGAGUUAAAACAUUUGCGUUUUUUAAACUUAAACAACAACAAGACUUUGACCAACUUGCCUCAUUGGAUCAAUCAAGUACCUUUAAGUUAUUUAUCUAUCAAUAAUUGCAACUUUAAAGCUAUUCCAGAUCUUCUUCCUCCAUCUUUGAAUAUUCUUUUGUGUGAAAAAAACAAAAUUCAAAGACUUUCUCCGUUUCUUUCGCGGCUUGAAAGUUUAAUGUAUAUUUCAACAGUUGGCAAUCCUCUAACAUUUCCAGAAUAUUCAAUUAAUAAAAGAACAACAAAAGAAAUAAAACAGUAUUUAGGCGCUUUUUUAGAUGAUAGUUUACCAAGUAACUGUGUGAAGGUCUCUUUAAUUGGAAAAGAAAGGGCCGGAAAAACAUCAUUAGUAGAAGCUAUUAAGUCAGCAAACGGUAUAUGCGAUACAGAGUUUGCCAAAAAAACAGAUGGUUUAGAAAUAUCGGUAGUUGAAAUAAAUGAUCUCAAACUUCGAGUUUUUGAUUUAGCCGGAGACAUAGAGUUUAUUGAAACACAUACAAUGUUUUUUUCUGAAGAGACGUUGUAUUUAGCUGUGUUUGACUUGAGAUCUUAUUCACUUAAGUCAUCUAAAACCAAUUUUCUUGCUCGAAUUGAAGUUUGGCUUUCAUCUAUAUUUGCACAAAUACCUAACGCUCAAGUAAUAAUUGUUGGAACUCAUUCUGACGAAGAUGUGGUUACCCCUUCUAUGUUAGAUUGUAUAUGGGAGAACGUUUAUAAAAUUUUGCUCAAAGCCAAAAAAAAUCAUACUAAUUAUAUUGAAUCUUCCCCCGUUCAUAACUGUAUUUUAUGUUCAAGUAAAGAGGUGUUUAGAGAAAGUAUUCAGGGUGUAGCAGGUAAAGUAUUGGUUUCACAAGAUACCUUUGAUAAAAAUGAAAUUAUGACAAAAAAUAUAAACCAAAAAACAUAUUAUGAAAAUUCAAGUUUUGAAACUGCAGCAUUAAAAUCGGAUAAAAACAUACGUAAUGAGUUAAACGAUAUUCCAGAUGGUGUCCAAAGCUCUAGAGAAGGGUCUCACAAUUACAAUUUUCCUCACAUUGUUGGCUAUUUUGAGGUUAGCAGUACCUGCAAAAUACCCAGAAAAAUCUUUUCAAAACAAAACACCAGUAUAGAACAGCUGAAAUGGAACAUAUAUUUGGCUUGUAAACAACUUAAAUCAUUGUACCCAUCAAUACCAAGGAAAUGGAUAAAUCUACACGAAGUGUUAUUAAAACAAAUUGAAAAAAGUUACCCAGUGUUGAGCUAUAAAAAAUUGGAAGAAAUUGCAGAAAGUUGCGGGAUUGCUCCAAAUGAUGAUAGUCUUAUUCCUUUCUUGCGUCAUUUUACGUCUUGUGGUGAGAUUUUGUAUUAUUUUGAUAUUGAUGAGCUCCGUGAUGUAAUUAUAACAGAACCGCAAUGGUUAAGCAAUCAACUGCGAGCAAUAAUUAGCUGUCACGAUCUACCUUGUAUAAAAGAAGGCCUUAUCGAACACAAGCACUUUAAAGACAUAUGGACUAAUCUUGAGGAUGCACAUAGGUACAAAUUAGUACAUCUCUUUCGUCAAGCAGGAGUUUUUGUUCCUUUUUCAGAAACAUCUGAACUUAUUCCGUGUAGACUUCCUAUUGGUCGUCCGUCAGAUGAUAUUUGGCCACCUUUGCCAUCUGCUACAGAAAACCAAGUUGAUUAUUUUAUUCAAUUUGACAACCUUCCUCCGUCUUUUUUUUCUCAUCUAAUAUCACUUAUUGAGUAUCGACAACCAGCAGUUGUAUCAAAAAUAAAGCCAUUAUAUCUUAGCAACCAUAUUGUAUAUAUAACCCAAUCUCAAGGAAUUCCUUGUGAGGUUCACACAAAAGAUAUGAACUCAUUCGUUCUUUCACCCCCAUCCAAUAACAGUAAGUUAAAAAAUGGGAUGCACUUAGCUAGAUUUUUAUCCCUUGACGUUGAGUGUGUUGAUAGUUUGCUAGAUUCUAAAGUCAAUUUAUUUAGAUGUUCUGGUAUUUUUGAUGAUUCAGAAGCACUAUGUAUUGAUUCAAUUAAAGAAACAGGAAGACAUCGAAUUCACUUUGCUGUACAACCUCACAAACAGUCAUUAACUAUAAGCAUACGAGGACCUAAACCGUGUUGCUUAGCUCCAGAAACAUUAGAUCUUGUUAACCGAGUUCGUUUAACAAGAUACCAAACAAUCAAAAAUAAAUUCUACAUAUGUUGCCCUCAAUGUGUGCGAAAAAGAAAAUACGAUGUAUGUAUUUAUUCCUUAAAUGACGAGAGCACUAUUUUACCAAUAUGUUCUAAAGGCCACGAUGCAGGUACUUGGAUUAAUGUAUUCACGGGAAAGUGCGACUUUAUAGCACCACUAACUUCUGAAAAUAUUGUUUGUAGCUUGACGGAUUACCAAUCUCCUCGACUUUUUUUGCUUAUUCCCAUAAACUUGGAGUCAAAAGAUUUUUGCAGCUUUUUUACAUUUUCCUAUUUUAAGGAAGGUUAUUCAGUUCAUCUUCUUUGCGAGUAUCCAAAUUGUUGGCAUUUUCUAUCAUCUCCCGGUUAUCGCCUAAGUAGACCUAAAGAAUUUGUUAAAAAAUACGGGAGCCGGCUUAAAUCGUUAUUACGCAUUUUAAAGUCAUUCGAAACACCAGCAAAAAUUUUGAGUCCAUUAUUUGAUCCUCUUGGAUCAGUUUCAGAAACGUGUGCUUCGUUAGGAUCGCUAGCUAAUUCAUUAGAAACUUAUUUGUCUGAUUUUAGCGAAGAAUUUUCAUGCUUCAACAGAGAUAACUCGAAAAAUGAAUAUGAUUAUGUGAUGAGCUAUGAUGGAUUAAACCGAAGAGAGUUUAGACGAUUUCUGAACGUAACUGAUAAAGAUCAUCGCUUUGCCGAUCUCAUACCUACUUUUAUUGGUAAUCAAGUAAUGUGGGUAUGCGAAGAACAUCAUAAUAUGCUGAUUGCUAAAGAAAAUAAUGAAAUUUUUCUUCCUUAAAUUUUUAGUUAAAUUUAUUUUUAAA